AUGAAAGCUGCUACAACUAACGAAAACGAAAAAGAACGACUUAUUGAUUAUAAUUGUAUAUAUCGAUAUGGAAAAUAUGAAGUUACACUUGAAUAUAGUAUAUUAACGGCAAAGUGGACAAUAGUGAAUGAUAAAUAUCAUUCCGAAGAAGAAGAAAAACAAUCAAAUACAUACAUCAAUCGUAUGAAUGAAACUCCGUGGAUCGAUAUGGAUUAUACACUUGAUGAACGAAUUCGACAUAUUUUAAGAUUAUUUGAUGAUUAUUUCUCUAAUGCGGUUGAUAAUGGUUUGCAUUCAUUAAUAACAGAAUCAGUUGCACUACAUCAUAGUCAUCAAAACAGUGAAUAUAAUACACAAAGUAGUGUACGAUAUGCUUCAAUUGUUCCACCGCCAUCAACAGCACUUGUUCGUCGACGACGUGUCAUCGAAUCGAUUUAUGAAAAAAAAUUUGAAAAAAUUAUUGAUCUAUUAAAUAGGACAGAACCACCAACAAUGUAUGAAUUAGGUUUAGGAUUUUUACAUAUAUAUGAUGGAAAAUUUAAUUAUCGAGAAGGACAUACUGAGAGCAUUAAUUUCAGAAAUACAUGUUAUACAUUAUAUGAAAUAAAUUCUUCAUUUUCUCAUAAAAUUCAUAAUUCAUUUAUGUUACUUUGGUUAAUUACAUCAGUACAUCGAUUAUAA